CUUUAUCUCAUACUACGCAAAAAAAAAAAAAAACUUUUUCCCGGCUUGUAUAGCUAAAGCGCAUGCGCGUUCUCGAGUUGAUUGACAGGCGAUGUCUGUAUUUAAAAGGUGAUUGGCUCUUAUACCUGUAAGGCGGGACUUUCUUUCUACAUCCGUUGAGUGUUCCAAGUUCGCCCAUUUAUUUUAAUAGUAGUGGACCAUCUCUCUCUGCUACUAUACAAUUUAAUGACCAGUCUUAUUUAAAAUCACAAUAAUAAUACACAAGCUCAUGAGAACAGUGUUUUAGUGUGGAAUGGUUUCAAUCUUUAAUAUUACUUUUUUUUAAAUAUAAAUUAAUUUAGUUUGAUUUAUUUAUCGUUUUAUUGUCGCUGUUUAAGUUCCUGUAGCGCUCGAGCACCUGCAGAUAAACCUCAUUAAAGGCUCCUGCUGUCUCACUGUCUCCUCCUCCUGUCUGUCGCACUCUUUCUGUCUCUCAGUGUGUUUGAGGUGUUGUUCGGGACGGGUCGGAAUAACCGGAUUAUUAUUGGGAUUAUUUUAUUAAGUGUACAUCGCUGUGGAGAUCCAGUAAUUCAUUCUUGCGGGUUUUACUCGGUUUUUUCUGUUGUUGUCGAAGUUUAAUGUGUUCGUGGCUUCAAAUGAUUUUUAAAUGAAUGUAAUUUCUAAACUUCAUUAUGAGCGGUUCUGAAAACCCGAACGAGUCCAAACUGGAGGCGGUGAUUCAGAGGUUGGAGGAGAGUGUUCUGUCUGAGGAGAAACGGCUGACGGUUCGAGGAUCUGCAGAUGACUCUGCCACCUGUUUACCAGCACGAGUGCGAGAGAUCGUCUCCAGAAACCUCCGUGACACUACUGCAGGGAUGUCAUCGGUUCUGUCGGUUCAGGAGGAGAAUCGGGUUCUUCAGUCAGAAUUGAGUCGUUUGGAGGAUCUUCUGGCUCACAGUCGAGCUGAACGAGAUGAACUGGCCAUUAAAUACAGCGCUAUCAGCGAGAGAUUGGAACAGGCGCUGCGGUUGGAUACGGGCGACGGGGGUGGAGAUUCACCAGAGUCUCGCAGUCUAGCGCAGCAGAAUGUAGAUCUGCGCAGACGUUUAGAUGAAGAGCAGACGGCGUAUAAACGCAAACUCACGGCCUAUCAGGAGGGGCAACAGAGACAAGCGCAACUUGUACAGAAACUACAGGCGAAGGUUCUGCAGUAUAAGAAGAAGUGUGGAGAUCUUGAACACACACUGCUGGAGAAAUCAACAGAACUGCAGAAACUCACCGGUCCAUGUGACGAGAGCAGUCAUGCUGAUGGCAAACAUGAGGAAGAGUACAGCAGUGAUCUGGAGAGCGCCCUCAUUCGUCUGGAGGAGGAACAGCAGAGGAGCAGCGGUCUGUCUGCAGUGAACGCAAUGCUACGAGAGCAGCUAGAACAGGCCGGACUGGCCAAUGAGGCGCUCAGUCAGGACAUCCGCAGACUCACCACCGACUGGACCAAAGCCAGGGAGGAGCUCGAGCAGAGGGAGUCUGAUUGGAGGAGAGAGGAGGAGUCUUUCCACAGUUACUUCAGCAGUGAACACAGUCGUUUACUGGCAUUGUGGAGGCAGGUGGUCACGUUCCGCAGACACGUGUGUGAACUCAAGAGCGCCACUGAGAGAGACCUGUCAGAGAUGCGUAAUGCGCUGGUGUGUGGCGCUCAGAGCGUGCAGCUGCAGUGUGUGAGUGUGUGUGCGACAUUGAGGACUCGUGAGGACGGAUCAGCUCUGAUUCUGGAGCGAGAGACGAGUCAACGACUACAACUGGAGCAACAGCUGAGAGAGACAGUGACUGACAUGAUGACACUGCAGAGCAACAGAGACCAGCUCAACACACGGCUGUCAGAGGUGGUGAGAGAGCGAGAGCGUCUGAGAGCUUGUGUUGAUGACAGAGAGCAGGAGAUCGACACACUCAACAAAAGACUACAGGAUGAGAGCAGUCAUGAGGAGUGUGAGCUGAAGUCUCUCAGGACACACACCGCAGCACUGCUCAACACACUGAGAGAGAUCACACAGCUGCUGUUGACUGACACUGAGUGUGUGGACGGAAACACUGAAGAGUUUCUGAUGCCUCUGCUGACAUCAUCAUCAUCAUCACACAUCAUACCUGACACCUGUCUGUCUGCACUGCACUCCACACUUACCAACAGACAACUACAUCUUCAGGAGCUGCGAGAGCGUCUGCAGUCGGCGCAGUCAUCAGUGCAGCAGUUGCGCAAGCAGCUGGGAGAGGUGGAGUUGGGCAGACGGGAGGCGGAGCUCCGUGUACAGACGUUGCAGGGAGAGAGAGACGAGUGUCGGAGAGAGAGAGAGACAGCAGUGAGAGAGAGAGACAGACUGAGACAGGAGAGAGAUAAGCUGAGCAGCAAGAGGGACGGUGUGGAUAAAGCAGCGCAGGCGGCACAGUCGCAGGUGCAGCUGCUGCAAAUGGAGUGUGAGAGACUGCAGCUGGCCGUGACGUCUGCGCAGAGAGAGAGAGACCACGAGAGAGAAGAGAGAGAUGCCGCCACACUGGAGAGAGACAGAGCCAGAGCGCAGACAGACAGAAUUGAUCAGUUGAGGGAGGAGUGUGAGUCUCGCAGCUCGGCUCUGCGUUCUGAACUGGCUGCAGUGAAAGAGUCUCUCCAGCAGGCGGCGAUAGAGAGACAACUGAUGGAGACGGAGAACAAACAACUGACCGACGCACUGAACCGGUGUGAGUGCAGUCAGGCAGAUCUCUCUCUAUUGGUCAAUAAGCUUCAUUCUGAAGAAUCGACUCUCAGAGAUUCACUCGCUAAAAUGAGCAGCAUGAAUGAAAGUCUCGCACAGGACAAAUCGGAACUCAACAGCCUCAUUAUACAGCUGGAGGAGGAGAGGAGUGUGUUGUUGUCUCAGCGCAGAGAAGCAGAACAAGAGAAACUGACCAUUAGAGACGAGCUGGUGCGCUCCGAGCAGGACAGACUGGAGCUGGAUUCUGCACGUCUGUCUCUCCACCAAUCACUGCAGGACUCUGAGCUGCUGAGGGUGGGGCUGGAGGCGGAGCUUCAGACACUGCGGGCAGACAGAGCCAAACUACACGACAAAAUGGCACAGUUGAUUGGCGAGGUGAGUGGUUUGGAGGCGGAGCUUGGCUCUGUGCGUGGUGAAGGAGAUCGGCAGAGUGCUGCUCUUGAAGAAGCUGGGCGUGUCCGGUCGGAGCUAGCACGGGAGAGGGCGGGGCUUCUGGUUCAGCUUACGGCAUCCGAGAGAGAAAACGCCACACUGACGGAAGAGCUCGCGGCUUUCAGGUCAGAGAGAGAGGCUUUAGAGUCGAGUCUAUUCGAGGUGCAACAGCAGAUGAAUCAGACUGAAUCUCGACGUGAACAACUCGAGUCUGAAAACCAGAACCUGCGACUGCGCAAUGACAACAUGACGGUGGAACUGAAGCGCUUGCGUGCAGACAGAGAGACAGUUCAGUCUCAGAGUGAAAGAGAGAGAGACGCAUUGAGAGAUGCGCUAACAGCAGCGCAACAGGAAGCGCAGCGAUCUCUGCGCACUGCUCUCUCUGACCACCAGGAGGAGCUGGAGAGACUGAUCAAUGAGAAGGAGGUGCUGGGGCGCAGUCUGGAGGCUGAACAGGAGAGGGCGCUGCGACGGGUCCGAGAACAACUGGAGGAGCAGAUGAACAAGCUGGAGAGAGAGCGAGAUGAACUUCAGGAAGCACUUUGUUCUCAGCAGCGCAUCAGGGACCAGAGACUGCUACAGGCAGAGACCGACAAACAGCAGGCGCUGUCUAUGAAGGAGGCGGAGAAGGCGGUUCUGUCUGAGAAAGUGUGCUCUCUACAGGCAGAGCUGAGUACUGCAACACUGGAGCUCGAGAGACUGAACCGAGAGACGGUGAUGCUCAAAGACCAGGAGCGGGCUGCAGUCGCAGCUCUAAAUGCAGAGCUACAGGAACUGCGCAGUCAGCUGCAGGACACAGUCACUUCACACGGCCACGAGCUGCGCAGACUGCAGCAGAACUGCGCAGACCAGCAGACACGAGCAGAUACAGCACUACAAGAGUUGGAAGAAUGUCGGUCACUACUCUCGGCCAGUGAGGAGAGCAGCGACACUGCGAGGCGGGAUCUUUUGGAGAUGGACAAACAUUUGUGCCAAAUACGGGAUACGGGGGAGGGGCAUAGACGAGAUGGGGUGGAGCUACGGCGCUCCCUAAUUGAUGUCACUAAAGAAAGGGAUGCUUUCAGCCAAUCAAACGGGCAGCUGAGGGAGGCGCUGAGAGCGGCAGAGAGCGAGAGGAUCAGUGUGAAGCGUGUGUGUGAGGAGAGAGAGCAGAAGCUGUCGCUGCUGGAGGAGAAUCUAGCGUCUGCGCAGAAGGAGGUGUCAGAUCUGCGCAGCUGCCUGCGUGAGGUGGAGAGAUCCAGACUAGAAGCGCGCAGAGAGCUGCAGGAGCUGCGCAGACAGGUGAAAGUAGUGGACUUGGAUCGUGAGCAGAAGGGAAAGCAGGUGGCUGAACUGCAGACGCGUCUGUCUACAGAAGAGCAGAGAGAUGAAGAGAGAUCACGAGAACUGAUCUCUCUCAAACAGAGACUCACUGACACUGAAACUAACAGAAACUCUCUUCACAAAGAGCUGUGUUCUCUGCAGCGGCGUCUCAGUGAGAGCGAGUUGUGUUGGCACGGUCGUGAGCGAGAGUUGACGUCACAGCUACAAGAAGCUCGCAGCUGUGAGAAGAAGCUACAGGACGAGGCACGUAACCUCUACGUGCGCGCUCAAACUGCCUCUGACGCAUCUGCGCAGAUGCAGCUGCAGCUCAGUGAGGCGCAGGGACGUCUGGCUGCAACGGAGGCGGAGUUAUCCCGAGCGGAGGCGGGCCGUAGGGAUCUGGAGUUCAGAUUGUGCAGCCUGCAGUCGGCACUCACGCGUACGCUGGGCAUCGGCACCGGGGCGAGCAGCAGUAGGGGGCGGAGUCCGGCAGGCUCCUCCCCUUCAUCUGUGACCUCUGGGAUGUUGUCACGCCACAGGAGUGUGUCUCCACUACAGUGCUCACUGUCGCCACCCAAAGAUGUGGCCUGUGACGUCUCUCCUGAUAACACUGUGGUGUUGCAGCCGUUAUCUCCGGAGAAGACGGACGCCCCGCUGCCCGUUGCCCUGCCGGAGCUCGACCCUGAAUCACUGCGCAGCAGCCUGAGAGAUUUCCUGCAGGAGUUGCGAGAGGCGCAGAGAGCACGGGACGAGGCACGGGGUCAGCUGGGGUCACUGCAGAGGGAGUUACAGGAAGUGAUGGGAGAGAGAGACUCUGCCCAUCAGCGACUCAUCCAACUACACAACACACUACAAGAGUGCCAAGAGGAUAAGCGUGCUGUGGAUGUGAAACUGUCGUCCGCUCAAGCGCUGCUGCAGCAGCAGGAAGACUCACUGCGGAAAGGAGAGCGAGACAGACGAGCGUUAAACGACAGAAUCAAAGAGCUGGAGAGAACGCUACUCAACACCGACACUGAACGCAAACAUGUCGAGGAGCAGUGCAGUAAGCUGCGUGCCGGAGAGGCGCGGUUAGAGGCGGAGCGCCGGCGGCUGCGUGAGGCUCUGGAGGUGGCUGAAGGGCGUGGCACGCGAGUGGAGCUGGGGAGGCGGAGUCUAGAGGGCGAGCUACAGAGACUGAGACUGAGUCUGAAGGAGAGAGAGACGGAGAAACAGACUGCGCACGAACGACAUGACGGCGCAGUUAAACAGGUUGCGGAGUGCGAGUCUCGCGUCUCGUCUCUUCAGAGGGAGGUGGACAGACUGACGGUGUUGCUGUCUAAAGCUCAGGAUGGAGAGAGUGUUCAGAGAGAGCGAGCGCUCGCACUCUCACAGAGUCUGCAGGAAACCACUGCGGCUCACAGCGCCACCCAGGGGCGACUCGCUGCACUGCAGAAAACACUGGGACAGGCCGAGAAUGAACGCAGACAGAUGCAGGAGCGUGUGGAUGGACUGCGAGCGUCCGUCUCUGAUGGGAAGCGUAACAUGGCCACUCUCACGGAGCGUGUGCAGACACUGCAGUCAGAACUGACCCAGAGUCAGCUGCGCAGAUCUGAACUAGAGACAGAGAUGCACAACACGCAGGAGGCUCUGCGGCAGAGAUCCGACAGUCUGGCCGAGGUGCAGCGCAGUCUACAGUCUGCGCAGACAGACAAAGCAUCUGCAGAGGAGCGCCUGCGCAGCCUGCAGAGAGCCGUGGCGUUACUAGAGACCGAGAGGAGAGAUGCAGAGAGACAGGCCAUCCGCCUGGAGAAAGACAAAACUGCACUGAGAAACACACUGGAUAAGGUGGAGCGACAGAAACUGAAGACGGAGGAGAGCAGCAUGCGUCUGUGUGCAGAGAAAGGGCGACUGGACCGCUCGCUGAACAGCACAGAAGAAGAGCUGCAGGACGCCCAGAGACAGAUUGUGCUGCUGCAGACUCAGCUGGCAGAACUGGAGCAGAAUCACAGCGUGAGUGAGCAGUCGGCCCGUCUGCGGGAGGACGCUCAACGUGAGGCCGAGAGACUGCGCCUCAGUCAGAGAGAAGUUGAACGAACGCUUGCGGCCCGAGAGAGAGCCCACCGUCUGCGGGUCAAAGGUCUGGAGGAACAGUUGUCCACUCUGAAGGAGCAGCUACAGCAGGAGAUUCGACGCAGAACACCGAUAAUGACGUCUCCUGUAAGCUGAUCUGAGAACUGCCACUUCAUGUACAUCAGAUACACAGAAGGACAUCAGUGUUUGGGGUUAUAAACUACCAGACGAUGAUUAGGAUUCACUUGACUGAAUUUAUGUUUUCAUGUUAUUGGUCACAACAUAAACUGCCAUACUAUAAUUUGUGUAAUUAUAUAGUUCUGUUGACUACUGUUAUUUUAGCAUGUGGAAAAUAGUAAUGAUCAGGAAUGAGCUUAUGUGUCCAAACUUUACUGGUAAUUUACUGGGUUUGUGGUUGUUGAAGGGAGUUUCUUUUAUAGCAAACUGAAAAUAUCAGGUCAAUAUGUUUUAACAUGAGCAAUAUUAUAUUAUAACUGUGUAAUAAUGAAUGAAUGCAGUACUCGCAUUCCCUGAGAUACAUACUGAACAUGAAUACUUGAAUAUGUUUUGUUUACUAUAAUGUUCGUUUAUUUCAGAGACUGAACUGACUGAAAGCAAAUGUGAGAAAAUGUUUUUUUGAAGAACCAUUGAGAACAUGUUAUCAUUGUAUUUCAUAAUUCUUAGAUUGUUAUAAUAUUUAUUCCUCAAGUUAUUGCGAGGUCUUUAAAUGUUAUAUAGUUUUAUUGAACAGUGAUGUAAACUACUCACCUUUCGACGCAAUGUGCCGGUCAGAAUCUAAAAUAUAACUUAAUGAAGAGUUUUUUUCUUUUCUUUGCGGGAUUUGAAGAUUAAGGGAUUAAUUUACGAUUAAUUUGAAUAUUAAUCCGACGACACAUGAUCUUUGAAGAGUCUCACUUAAUGAGAUACUUAAAUUAACUGUCAAAAUCGAUCUUGUCAAAAGUCUGUCAGAUUUCUUGCGGUUUGUUUGUCGUUCGCGCGCUUCACUCCAGCAGCAGAACCUGCUCAGAAAUGUCGCGCGCGAAAACCGACAGGAUUGGCGCGAAUUUCUGUGGUGAGGUGAACUUUAGGAUACUUAACGCCAAAUUUCUUUUAAGAAUGUUUUUGAUUUUGAUUAAAGACCCACAUUACUUAUUUAGUUUAGUUUUUUGUAUCUUUGUUCCGUUUUCUUGUUUGAAACGGAGGUAGGUGCUUGUCAGCCCUGUUUUUUUGGCUAAUGUGUCAAUGUCAUUAUCAUUUUCAUUUUAAUCAUUAAAAUACUUGAAAUAGACACUUUUAUCCUUAUUUUCCCCCGAUUACCUGCGAGUGUCUCAUAAGUUUAAAAUGAAUUAUCUUAAAUUACAAAAGUGUUUAUUUCAAUAUUGCAAAUAUAUUUAGAAAGCUUUUGUAACAGCCAGUAUUACAGUAAUAAAUGGUGAGUAUAUUAAAACUGAACCCAGACUGAGUCAUCUGUGCAGGUCUGCGGUCAGUAGCUGAAGAUAUUGAACACCGAUCAGUGCUCACAGGUCUAUAACUCUGACGUGAGAUCAGAUAUGAGGGUUUGAGUCUGGGUUCAGUGUAACACCCCAUGGCACAAUAAACAACAAUAACAACACUGAACAAUGACACAGUGAAGCAGUAAUAAUACAAAAGUGACAUCUCUGUUUCUCCUGCACCAGUGUAAAAAAUACAAUAGCACCAGAGGCAACAUACAGGCCAAAAUAAAAAGAUUA